AGUCAAGAUCCCGAGAACGACAUGCCCCGGGCCACGAAGGAGAAUCGAGAUUCGGCGCGGGCGGGGACGAGAAGCAGCGCCCGGGUACGCGGGGACGGCAGCCGGCGCGGGCGGGAGCGGCCUUUGUCUCCUCCGGCUCUUUCCGCCACUGCACCGGCCCCAUGAGCCCGCGGCCCCGCAGCAUUCGGGCUGUCCGCAGCCCCUGAACUGACCUGCCCUGACCAUGGCCGAAGCCGCUUCCAGCGCCGGGGGCACGUCCCUGGAGGGUGAGCGCGGCAAGAGGCCCCCUCCCGAAGGCGAACCUGCAGCCCCGGUGUCUGGAGUUCUGGAUAAGCUUUUUGGGAAGCGGCUUCUGCAGGCAGGUCGCUACCUGGUGUCCCACAAAGCAUGGAUGAAGACAGUGCCCACAGAGAACUGCGACGUGCUGAUGACCUUCCCAGACACCACGGAUGACCACACGCUGCUAUGGCUGCUGAACCACAUCCGCGUGGGCAUCCCUGAGCUCAUUGUGCAAGUCCGCCACCACCGCCACACUCGUGCUUAUGCCUUCUUCGUCACUGCCACGUAUGAGAGCCUACUCCGAGGAGCCGACGAGCUGGCUCUGCGCAAAGCAGUGAAGGCAGAGUUUGGCGGGGGCACCCGCGGCUUCUCCUGCGAGGAGGACUUCAUCUACGAGAAUGUGGAGAGUGAGCUGCGCUUCUUCACCUCCCAGGAGCGCCAGAGCAUCAUCCGCUUCUGGCUGCAGAAUCUGCGAGCCAAGCAGGGCGAAGCCCUGCACAACGUUCGCUUCCUGGAGGACCAACCAAUUAUCCCUGAGCUGGCAGCCCGUGGGAUCAUCCAGCAGGUAUUCCCGGUCCACGAGCAGCGCAUCCUGAACUGCCUGAUGAAGUCAUGGGUGCAGGCCGUGUGUGAAAACCAGCCUCUAGACGAGAUCUGCGACUACUUUGGCGUGAAGAUUGCCAUGUAUUUUGCCUGGCUGGGCUUUUACACAUCGGCAAUGGUGUACCCAGCUGUCUUUGGCUCUGUCCUGUACACAUUCACUGAGGCUGAUCAGACAAGCCGGGAUGUGUCAUGUGUGGUCUUCGCGCUUUUCAACGUGGUCUGGUCAACACUCUUCUUGGAGGAAUGGAAACAGAGGGGGGCAGAGCUGGCCUACAAAUGGGGAACGCUGGACUCCCCUGGUGAAGCUGUAGAGGAGCCACGACCCCAGUUCAGGGGUGUGAGACGUAUUAGCCCUGUGACGCGGACGGAGGAAUUCUACUACCCGCCCUGGAAGCGGAUGCUCUUCCAGCUGCUUGUCAGUCUCCCCUUGUGUCUCACCUCCCUGGCCUGUGUGUUCCUGCUCAUGCUUGGCUGCUUCCAGCUGCAGGAGCUGGUGCUGAGCGUGAAGGGGCUGCCCCGUCUUGCCCGUUUCCUGCCCAAGGUUGUGCUGGCCCUGCUGGUCAGUGUUAGUGCUGAAGGCUAUAAGAAGCUUGCUAUCUGGCUCAAUGACAUGGAGAAUUACCGGCUGGAGAGUGCCUACGAGAAGCACCUCAUCAUCAAGGUCGUCCUGUUCCAAUUUGUCAACUCAUACCUGAGCCUCUUCUACAUUGGCUUCUACCUCAAAGACAUGGAACGCCUGAAAGAGAUGCUGGCCACCCUGCUGAUCACCCGCCAGUUCCUCCAGAAUGUACGCGAGGUCCUGCAGCCGCACCUGUACCGGCGGCUGGGCCGAGGCGAGCUCGGCCUGCGGGCUGCCUGGGAGCUGGCCCGUGCCCUGCUGGGCUUGCUGAGCCUCCAGCGCCCUGCGCCCCGCCACCUCGAGCCCCAGACUGAAGAGGGUGGUGGCAGCAGUAGUGGGGGAGGCCGCAGGUGUCUCGGUGGAGGCUGUGGGGCACCUGAGGAGGAGGAGGAGGCCACAGUGGAGCGGCGGCCUCUGGGGGAAGACGGGGAAGUGGUGGAUGGGCCAAGGGGGGGAAAGGAGGAGGACGAGGAGGAGGAGGAGGCCGAGGCCGACGACGAGGAGGGCGAGGAGGGCGGCCCCCUGGACUGUGGGCUCCGGCUGAAGAAGGUCAGCUUCGCUGAGCGUGGGGCCGGGUGGCGGCAGCCCAGCCCGGAGGCCCUCCUGGAAGAAGGGAGCCCCACUAUGGUGGAGAAGGGGCUGGAGCCAGGUGUACUCACACUGGCCGAGGAGGACGAUGAGGCUGAGGGGGCUUCCAGCAGCCCUGAGCGGGAGCCCCCAGCUGCCCUGCUCCGCCGCGCUGGGGGUGAGGGCCGCGACCAGGGGCCCGACGGUGGCCCAGACCCAGAGCCGGGCCCUGGUGACUCCGCCCGGAGGCGGCGGCAGGACAGGUCAUCUUGGAUCGACCCGCCUGAGGAGGAGCACGCGCCCCAGCUCACCCAGGCGGAGCUCGAGAGCUGUAUGAGGAAGUACGAGGACACCCUCCAGGACUACCAGGAGAUGUUCGUACAAUUUGGCUAUGUCGUGCUCUUCUCGUCUGCCUUCCCCCUGGCUGCGCUGUGUGCCCUGGUCAACAACCUCAUCGAGAUCCGCAGCGACGCGCUCAAGCUGUGCACGGGGCUGCAGCGGCCCUUUGGGCAGCGGGUGGAGAGCAUCGGCCAGUGGCAGAAGGUGAUGGAGGCUAUGGGUGUCCUGGCAAUCGUGGUCAACUGCUAUCUGAUCGGCCAGUGUGGGCAGCUGCAGCGCCUCUUUCCCUGGCUCAGCCCUGAGGCAGCCAUCGUGUCGGUGGUGGUGCUCGAGCACUUCGCUCUGCUCCUCAAGUACCUCAUUCACGUGACCAUCCCUGACAUUCCUGGUUGGGUGGCAGAGGAGAUGGCCAAGCUUGAGUACCAGCGGCGGGAGGCCUUCAAGAGACAUGAGCGCCAGGCGCAGCACCGCUACCAGCAGCAGCAGCGGCGGCGGCGGGAGGAGGAGGAGCGCCAGCGCCAUGCAGAGCACCAUGCCCGGCGGGAACGUGACGCUGGUGGCAGGGAGGAGGCGCGGGCCGAGGGCUCCAGGCUGGACCCCGCUGCCCCUGAGAAGGCCUCAGCCAAGGCCAAGGGCGGCGGGCCAGGCAGCCACGGGCUGGAGCGGCCCAAGCGCCCGGGGUCCCUGCUGGCCCCCAACAAUGUCAUGAAGCUGAAGCAGAUCAUCCCACUGCAGGGCAAAUUUCUGUCAUCUGGGGCCAUGUCCUCGCUGGCUGGCGCAGGGACAGGCCCGGCUGCCCGGGCUCCCCCUGCCCAGUCACCCACAGGCAGUGACACCCGCCUGCCAGCCUUCCUCAGCUUCAAGUUCCUCAAGUCACCCGAGACCCGGCGGGACCCUGAGCGCAGCCAUUCGCCCCCCAAGGCCUUCCAUGCCGGCAAGCUCUUCCCCUUCGGCGGGGCUAGGGCUGAGGCCGGGGCCAACGGGGCAGGUGGGCAGGCCCGGCCGGACGGGAUCCCCAGCGGUGGCGGAGGCCGGGCCCAGCGGAGUGGGCCAACAGACGAGGCCUCGGCUGAGGAGCCAGACACCCCCAGGCCUGAAGAGGAAGCCUCAGGGACAGAGCUGGCCCUGGUGGGCGCCCCUGCCCUCCGCACCCGCCGCAGCCGGAGCCCCGCGCCGCCGCCGCCGCCGCCAACGUCGCUGCCCCGGCCCCCGACACCUCCCCCCGGUUGCUGGCAGUGGGACGGGCCGUGGGGCUGCGGGGGCGAGGGCGCCGCCGCCCGCCAGGCCCCCGCCCUCGCCGAGUGCCCGCCCUGCGCCCUGGCUGGGCCCCCGCCCGCCCCCCAGCCCCUGCCUGGGGACGCCAGCUUCUACAGCCUCCCUCCCCCACCACUGCCGCCCAACUCCGAGGCCCCCGAGCCUUCGGCGCCCUCGCCCAGCGCCAGCCCGAGCCCCCAGGCCGUGUGCUGGCCCAGCGGCUGGCACUAGCUCCGCCCGCCUCUCUGCCUUCCUGUUCUCAUAUGCAAUAUCAGCCCUGGACCGGCCCCGGCCUCCCCUGCCCCCAUCUGCCGUUUUCUUUUCAACCAAGAUGGGGGAGACGAAAGGAAACCCCCCAAAACCCAACAGAAAACACAGAAUAGGCGAUUAUUUAUUUGUUUUUAAUUUAUUUCGUCAUAUUUUUGUAAAACGGCAGAAAUGCAAUAAAAAGUAUAUUUCAACAGUG